CGGAAGUCGCUGCUUGGUUAUGUCCUCGCGGUGAUGUGCACGCAUUAAAUGUCAAAACGCGGCACUUUCAAAGUUAAGGUGACAGCUAGCUUUGGUAUUCCAACAUGAUGUUCUACACUCAACUCUUCACAUCCAAGCGGGGGCCUUUAGCCAAAAUCUGGCUAGCAGCGCACUGGGAAAGGAAACUCACAAAGGCCCACGUAUUUGAAUGUAAUUUAGAAACAACAAUCAAAGACAUCAUUUCCCCAAAGAUGAAAAUUGGUUUGCGGACAUCUGGUCAUCUGCUCAUUGGUGUGGUCAGGAUCUACUCCAAGAAAGCGAAGUAUCUCCUUGCAGACUGCAAUGAUGCCCUGGUUAAAAUUAAAAUGGCAUUCAGGCCAGGUCAGACAGAUUUGCCCGUAGAGGGGCUUGAGGCAACACUAAAAGCAAUUACCUUGAUCGAAGAUUUCACUGUCUUUGAUGCCCAGCUACCAAAACCAAGUAACAUAGAUGUCGUGGACCACUUUUCACUGAACCAGUGUCGAUCAGAGGAAAUCACUCUGAAAGAGGAUUAUGGAAAUGGCUUUCUGAACAUGGUAGAUUUCGGAGAUGAGUCCCAGAGCCACCAUGGUGGGCUAAUGGAUAUGACAUUCCAGAGCCUGACUCAACAUGGAGAUGCUUUUGGGGAUGAGGAUAGAGGAUUCGACCUACUCGACUUUCUGACAAACCCCAGUGAUAAUGUUGAGUCCACCGACUUCAUCCCCGAAGAGCCUCAACAUGAAAAUCCAGAGAUCUCUGCACUCGAUCAUCAACAAGAUGCUGACAUAAAGAUGAUGGUGACCCCUACACAGAGUGAGACCACCCUGCUCGCUAAUGAGGAGGAGGCCUUUGCCCUUGAACCUGUGACCAUCACUCCAAAUUCAGAGAAAAAGAGGGGAAAGAGGAAACGCAGGUUGGUUGUGGACCAGUCUAAAGAGCUGACCAAUGACUUCAUCAGAGAGCAGCUUUCUGACUAUUCAGAUCUGGUUGCCCCAUUGGACAUGGCCCCACCAACCCUGCAGCUCAUGCAGUGGAAGGAGAGCGGAGGCGCAGACAAACUCUUUACACAGCCGUGUACCACUGUAGCAACUCCACAGAUAAAGGAGCUCUUUGCCAAGAGUAUUUUCCAGGGGAAGUAUUAUGGUGUGAGUGAGGAGGUUGAGAUGAUGCGCCAGGAUGGACAAGAAGUUCAGAGGGACAUAAGCGCCCUCACCACAGACGACGUCAGUAUCGUAGAUUCAUCAAUAGAUCCCGAAAGACCCCACAACACUGAGCUGACAGACCCUGAUCACAUAAAUGACAAUCAACGUGGGAAUUACUCAGAGCUGGCACAAGAUGAAAACAGGUCGGAUUUCACUCAUCCAGAACUUCCAUCAGAAGACUCUAUGUUUGUCCAUCCUUCUUGCAUACAGCAGGAGACUCCGUCAACUUCCCUCCACACUCAGUCUGUGCUCGACAGCCAGGACUUUGAGGAGAAGAGGAUCAGCAGGCGUACACAGAAGCUUCUGAACACACUAAAAAGCCAGAGCAACAGUGUUACCACGUUUAGCCUGCAGGCACUCUGUGAAGGAAGCACUCGCUUGCAGGCUGCAACCACUUUCUUCUGUCUUCUGGUCCUGAAAAAACAAGAAGCCCUUCAUCUGAACCAGAUAGCACCCUAUGAGGACAUCCUUCUUACUCCUGGACCUAAGUUCUACAAUUAGUAAAACAGUUUCUUUAAAAAACAGAGAUGCAGUUCUGGUUCUACUCGAUCUGCCUCAUGCACAAGUAUCACAUGUUUGCGUUGCUAUGUCAGUUUCCCAGGGUAAAAUUUAAUUUACUCAAAUAGGUUCCUAGGCGGAAUGGUAAAAACAGCUUGAAAGAAAGAUCUAACUUUAUAUUAUACUGUAUGUCACACACACAUUAGUAUAUGUGUGUGUCUUAAGACUUGUAAAUAUUUAGUUUGUUCUCUGCACUUUUCUUAAGUAAGAAAUUGGGAAAGUAUCAAUGAAUCACUCAACUUCUCUAAAACUCUUUGCCACUGUUUUUAUUAGGCCUGCAGCAUCAUACAGUAUCUGACACUAGAUACAUGUAUGGCUUUCACAUCCCUAAAUAUUUUAAAUAAUUGAGUAUUUAUUUUUUUUUAGUGUUCAGUAACAUAUGACAUUACAGUUAUUCUUGGGAUCUUUUAGGACUGAAAUUUCCUGCAUGUUCAGUUAGUGAUUUACAUCAGUUCCUCUUCUAUUUAUUAUAAACAAGGAUUUUAAGUAUGUAUGUAAGACCUGCUAUGCACCAGGUGUCACUUGAACCUGUCGUGCAAAAUGGACAUUUCAUUAUAAGCAAAUGUCGCAAAAAAGUAUUGCUCUAAAGUACAGGUAUUAUUUAUAUCUAUUUAACAUUGUUCCCUGUUUCACUGCACAUAUAAAUGUUUUCUCGAUUUGGAUACAUUUGUAUAGCUUUAACAAGUUUGAAUUUGAUGUUACUAAAGUUUGGGAUAUGAAGUUCAAUU